ACAAGCCAUGACCUGACGGUCUGAGACGUAGCAAGCCCUCAGUGUAUUUGUCUGCCAGCGUUCUGUCAGAAAUAAUAAGCUUAUGUCGGAUAAGGUUGACGCAACCUUCAUCUGCAUGCCAGGAUGAGCCGUACGUUAGAGCCAACGUUAUACUCUUUGCUGCCCAGCCACUCAACUGCGCUCCCGCAGCCUCUGCUAGACCUUGCGUCGUCUCUACUUACCCAAUCGCGUCACAAUGCUGGAGCCCUGAAGGUCGACGAAGAAGUCGCCCGUUCCUACGCAUGCGCUCACCUCGCCUGUGAACGCCUCAAGAUCUCGCUCAACCUACCGCCCAUACAAGUGAGGCCGCCGAUCCCCCCGCGAUUAUACAAGCGAUUGUAUGCUCACCUCGACAAUGUCCUGCCCUCGGCAUCCCUCGGCAAGCCCAGCCGCGUAAGAACGCCAACGUCGAAGGCGAGAGAGUCGGGUCUAUUCGGUAGCGCCCAGCGGACGCCCUCUCGACCAACACCCACCAAGGAUGCCUCCUUAGCCGGCUUCCGGUCUCCUGUGAAGGCGGAUGGCACACCUACCAAGUCUGCGUCGAAACCACCACCCGUCCGUGCAAAGGCAAAAAGGAAAGCCGGCGGCAUCGACAGUACAUUACCCGCAUGGAUACGCCCAACCCUCCAGCUUUUGUGCAAGGAACUAGACCAAGAAAUUAUUGGACGAACUGUCCUCGCUGGAAUUCAAACUAUUGUUGCUCCACAUGGCAGACGAACCAAAGAUCAAUGGGUCAACGACCAUUUAACGCCCUUGUUAGCCGCCGUAUACUGCCUCGUAGCAGGGCAGCUUCAUGUCAUAAGACAAGGCCAAGACCUGGACGACAAGCAAUACUCAAAAAUAAGGAAGUCCAUCCUCGAUGUUUUGGGACACGCACAAGACAAGGUCUCCGUCCCAACUAUGGAUGAGGAUGAACUUUGGAUCGGGUGGUCUGAUGUGACAUCGAGAGACAUAGAUAAAGUCAUGGCCGAGAUUAUUAAAAGGGGCUGGCAAAAUGAUGAAUGGUUUGACGGUUUCGACGAAAUGGUGAAGAGAUCCGAACCAAGCGCAGACAAACCUGGCGAUGAUGAAGACAUGGAGGAGGAGGAAGAUACCAGAAUCAGCGAGAGACUUCAUGUCCAGAGGCCCGACACGAUGCUCCAGAGUAGGUGGGACAUGACAGACAAGAAACGACAAGAGCUUCGUGAAUGGAAGGAUGGCAUGUUGAAACGAAUCGAGGAAAUAGAGCGAUUGCAGGCGGCAGACAUGGAUAUUGAUUCUACGGCGUGAACUGCCAUGCCACAUUCUGGCGCAGAGCCUCGUCGCUCAUAUAGUAGUACCCUUGGCAGAUUUCAUGGUCAGGUGGCAGUUAGUGCAGUGCACUGCUUCAAACAAUCAUCUGUGAUACACUAGGACUGAAUGAAAAUCAACCGAAGGUAUAUCCUAGAAAUGGUGAUAUACCCUGCGGACGACGGGCCCCUUAUAUGCGGAUACCACUUUCGCAGGGACUUCUCUUCACAGCGGAAUAGACAUAUUGUGACUGAUAGUCUAUAUCCGGGUAAGUGGUGGAGUCGUCAACCGAGAGGUAUGUGAGCAGAUUAUUUCACCGGCGGUGAGCUAUGGU